AUGUGCCCUCCAGCAGGUCAAGUAGGUGUCCCGGAGCAAGAUCCGGUGGACAAGGACGACAACUGCCUGUACAUCAUUACCAAAUCUUCUUCCAAGUCUGAGUCCCUGCAACACGCUACGGACGUCUGCAAGAUGACUAUGUGUACUUUGGCUUCUCAUCGCUAUAGCAGAGGACGAAAGCUGGAAGUUCAGUGGUGCGGCUAUACUGCAGCGAAGGCUACCAUAGAGCCAUUCAUGAAGGUGUGGGAAUGCCGUAAGGCGAGUCUUCAAUUCACUAGCAGCCAAACAGUCAAGCUAGUCGAUCAAGGGCGACGGUCCUGA